CACAAAGGCCGGAUACGAGAUUCAAACCUCAGAACUGCGAAGUAGAUCUACUAACCACAAAGGCACCUUGCAUGUGCUAACAGCAGCUCUCUACCUAUUUGCCACUCGUUCCAAAAGUCUAUAUGCACACCAACGGUAGCAAGGAAAACAGCACUGUAUUGCAAACCCAAGUGCAUUGCACUGCACAGUAUUGCAAUGAACCUCACUGCUCCCUGCAUUUAUCAGCUAAUGAAAUGACCGUGGUUUGUGUAUGUCAAUAUAAUGCACUGCAUUACAUUUGUGGUUUGAAUUUGCUAGGAAAGUAAAAUCUGGCCACGUCUGGCCCAAAAGUUCUGAGGUGCAGGGUUUGAAUCUUCGUUCCAGCCUGACUGUGUGUAGUUUGCAUAUUUGCUUUGUCCUUGCUUGCAUUUGUUUUCUCCUGGUAAUGUGGCUUACUCACACAUUUCAUAAACAUGCACAUUACGUGAACUGAAAACGAAAUUGUCCAUCGGUGCACCCACAGUCUGCUGAACGACGCAUCAGCUAACCCUAGCAACGACAAGCAGCAUAGAAAAUGGAAGAUCACCUGCCUAUUGGACUUGGUCAUAUUAAUUCUAAGCAAUAUAAACGAGUUGACCUUGCAUGACUUUUAUGACUCUUUUUAAUGAAUGUCAUGCUUAAAAUGCCAUUUUGCUUCGUUGCCAUUGUCACAUUAAUUACAAAUUCAUCAUGCCAUUGUAAUUUUCCAAAUGAACGACCUUUGACUAGUGGCUCCACAGAUAAAAGGUGUUUUAUUUUUGUGUGACUCAUAACUAGACUUCCAUGUUAUCAGACUUUGAAAAUGUCAACAGUAAUAGCUCUGUUCUCUCCGCUCACCUUUCCGUUAAAGAAAUGACGGGGAAAAAGUCAUUAUCAAGAGCACAGGGUGGUAAUGCGGAAGUCAUACAAAUUGUAAUUAGUGAUUUAGAAUGGCAGAAUGAAACAAUACUUAGAUAAUUGUGGUUUUUGGUUAAUACGGCUUUAAUAUACUAUUAUAGUGAUGUUGGUGAGUGUAUUUACAUUUUCAGGAACAUAUUUAUAGUGAUACGUAUUUUUAGUUAUGUAGGAACAGUAUGAUAUUACUAUACAAUCAAAAGAUUUUGAAUUGAUUUAAUUUAUUUACAAAUUCCUGAAGUAAUCCAACUGCAAGUAGUAAUUCAGAAGAAAAAAAUAGGAUAUACACUCACCUGUCAUAACAUUAGGUCACAUUAUAAAGAAAUUCAACACAAGAGCAUCUUUUGAGUGAACAUGCGAGAGAUUUUUCAAACGGUACCAGAAAAAUGCUGUUCUUGUGAAACAUGCUCAUAUUUUGUUUGUCUGCUCGAAUCAUCUGACUGGUUCACAGAGUUAGUCUCACCAUGAUCCUUACAAUUUACCCACAAUUCAUGUUGAUGACCUCUUUUACAUAUGAAUUUGGGGGACAAUAAAUUUAACUGAAGCACUUUAGGUGCUUCCGACCUUUGGUCUGCCUUUUAUUCUUCAUAAAGGUCUCGGACUGUAUCUCGCUUUCAAAUCUUCUCUUCUCUCAGAGGAUGCUGCAUACGCAAUAUGCAUGUCCCCCUUCAGGGCUUCAGACUGCUUUAUAAACCCCGCUUGGGCCACUCACAUAGUUCAAACCUGUUGCUGACGGGGAAGCACAAACCCAAUUGCUGCACAACAUAAAUAAUUUCCUCUUGUAACUCUGCUUUUAUUUCCUUUGGGGUACUAUGUGGAAAGUUAUGCUUUUGGCUCUGUGUCUGCUGGCAAAUGAAGUUCAGCCGAUGGAAAACCCAAUUUAUGGCGUCAAGCUCUGUGGCCGUGAGUUCAUCCGAUCAGUCAUCUUCACCUGUGGCGGCUCACGAUGGAGGCGAUCGCUCAAAUCAUCAGCAGAAGAUCUAUUCAGCUCCCAUCAAGAGUCCUCAGAGGAACUGAGUCACAAUCCUGUGAUGGAGAGUAUACUUCAUAGAAACAGAGAUCUGGAUUUCAUAUCAAGUGAAAACCAAGGCAGAAUCUUCAGCCGGCCAACUCGUUCUUUUAUCACCGAAGAGAUUCUGGAAGCCCUCAGGAAGGCAGAUCGCAAGGGCCGGGAAGUUGUGUUGGGUCUUUCAAACGCAUGCUGCAAGUGGGGCUGCAGCAAGAGUGAGAUCAGUUCCCUUUGCUGAGAAGUGAACACAACAAUUGCACACACAGGGAUACUUACAGUAUGUUUUUGUAUACUGGUCAUAUUAAAACUAAACACACACGUGAAUGUAUGCACUCAUUUUUUUCUUAUGAACCUUUGGUAACAAUUUGGUCAGAAAACGACAUAAUACAUAAAUGCAACCCAGAUUCUGUAAUAAAAGAAUAAAUGUUUGAGGAGGAAGAACAAAAAAAUCUUAUAACUAAAGCUUAAGUUUUAGUUUCUAUUCACUUCACGACACGAUCACUUCACGACACAUUUUUCAUGGAAAACGUCUUACUUCCGCAUAUAUCACGUGACGAUUGCGUCAUAGGAAAUGCUGGAAGGGGUGUGGCUAAGAGAUUCCGGUCAAAAUGUGAGAUUGCAAAAUGUCAGACAUAACGCGUGACGGAAGGCAAAUUCAUGCACAGUGGGAGUCUCAGUGGAGAUGAGGUGUGACAGCACAUACCAGAUCUGCCCAAGGCCUGAGAAGUCAAUGGAAACUCUGGACGUCUAGUUGACAUAAUACAUACUUUUGGCACACACACACACA